UGUCAAGCCGGAGUGAAGGAUCAGGCAGAGGUCUGCCGGGUGGAGAAGCGAGCCUCGUGUUGGAACUCCAAGAUGUGAGUUCCAGUGAACUGGCUCGUGAAGGGGAAACACGAGCACGGCGGCCCAUGCUGAGACAAGGAUGGCUCCCCCUUCUGGGCACAGCCUCCUUCUAAUCAGUGCACUGGGCAUCUUUGCACUCGACUGCUUCACAAGAGGUCAGAAGAACAGCACGCUCAUUUUCACCAAGGAAAACACCAUUCGGAACUGCAGCUGCUCUGCAGGCAUCCCAGACUGUGACUACAGUUUGGCCAACCUGAUGUGCAGCUGUAAAACUGUGCUGCCUUUUGCGGUAGAGCGAACCAGCUACAGUGGCCACCUGACCAUCUGGUUCACAGACACAUCUGCACUGGGCCUCCUGUUGAACUUCACGCUGGUCCGGGACCUCAAGCUGUCUCUGUGCAGUACGAACACUCUCCCCACUGAAUACCUGGCUAUUUGCGGUCUGAAGAGGCUUCGCAUCAGCACCGAGGCCAAGCAACCCUCCCCAGAGCAGAGCUUAGUCAUCCACAAUGGUGAGGAGAGCAAACCCAGAGAGAAGCCCACGUUGUUACACAAAGGCUGGCAAGCAUGUAUGUAUAUCUCCUUCUUAGAUAUGGCCCUUUUCAACAGGGAAUCAUCCUUAAAAUCGUAUAGUAUUGAAAACGUUGACAGCAUUACCAAUAACUUCCCCCACUUUUCUUACUUUAAAACCUUCCCACUUCUAAGUAACAGAAGCUAUGUUGUCACAUUCAUUUAUUAACUUUGUAACUGUGUCCACCUACUGGAACUUUUGGCAAACUAUGGGUAAUUUGAACAAGGAAUCUGGCAAUAAGGCCAUGGGUAUCCCUACCCACAACUUCGCCUCCCCCCAACCCCCAUUUGCAAAUACACAUAUUCACAGAGCCACACGCACACAUAACCUGCCUUCUCUGCUCCAUUCUGCACCCAACCAUGGGAGCUGUUUUGAAAACCAAAAUAAAAAGAAACUAAAAAAUAAACUUGAUUCAGUCCAGAAACACAUCUUGAGGGCCAGCUAGAAGCUAGGGCUUUACAACUGGGGGUCUGUGCAGAAAUGUCAGAUCAGAAAUGGAGAAACCGCACACCAGGGACUGCUGAGUGGAGCUCAGCAGAGGGGAUGACCCCCAAGAAAGGAAUUUCCUAGAAUACUCUGCCUUAAUAUUUUCUGCUUCAUUUUGUUACAUUGCCUGGAAUUCCCCUAAGUAGAGAAUGAUAGAUUUCAGAGGUUUUGGCCUGUGAGCUCCACAAAAUGAUGAAGUUCUCUUAGAGCGACAUUUUCCAAGCAUCUUGCUAAGAACAAAUGCACUGAGAAAGGCGAGUUUCAUGAGUGUGUUUGUGGAGGUGGAGGAAGCAAGGUUUGAAGCCUGGAGGUAGAACAGGCCUGGAGCAGGUGGGGCCUUCAGAUUGAAUGAGGGCAGUAGGGUUCUGAGGAGGGGGAUACAGAAACGAAAAUUAGAGGUAACAAAAACCAUUGCAUAUACCUCAAAAUUUUGCUUAGAGCAAAUCCUAGGAAAGUUUCCUCUUUUAGCCCUCCUCUUUCCUUUCUUUCUCCUUCUUUGCCUCCUUC